AUGUCACAUAACGUCGUUUUUGUCACCGGUGCUACCGGCUCCCAAGGAUCCGCUGUUGCAAGACGACUCCUUGAGCAUGGUUGGAUCGUACGCGCUACGGCUCGUAACAUGGACUCUCUAGCCGCUAAGAGACUACAAGACCAAGGUGCUGAAGUUAGCCUUGGCGACUGGGACAACGAAGCAGUUCUCAGAGAGGUCCUCAGCGGAUGCACACACGUAUUCAUGAAUCUGGUACCGAAUAUCACAACAUUCACUUCGGAGAUACCCGCAGCGAAACGCAUCAUCGACAUAGCGAAGGCAGCUGGCGUGAAACAUAUGAUCUACUCCAGCGGUAUGGCCAUCAAAGACAUGGAAAAAGACAAAUACCAUGACCCAGAACACCCUGUUGGACGCGCCCAUGGAUGGAAGAAAGAAGUAGAAAAUCUCGUCAAGGACGCUGGAUUCGAGAAGUGGACAAUUCUCCGAGGGGGCUUUUUCAUGUGUAACUUCCUGGCGCCCAAAGUCAAUAUCAUGUGCUCUGGUCUCGUAGCGAGCAACGCAUGGUCAACUGCCUACACCCCACAGGAACAGCUACCAGUCAUGGAUGUCGAUGACCUUGCAAAGUUUGCCGUGGCGGCUUUCCGUGGGCCAGACCGCUUCAAUAGGCAGACCAUCGAGAUUGCAGGUGAGAAACUCUCGCCAGAUGAGAUCAUGCAACAGCUAGGCGAAGCAAGCGGGAAGCCCUUAAAAGCUAUUUAUCUGACGGAUGACGAGAUCGAAGUGAAGAAAAAUGAGGAUAUCUUUGUCGCUGUGCAGUUGAUGUCGAGAGGUUUGGGAGAUAAGGUCGAUAUAGGAGAAGUUGAGGGCUGGGGAAUCCCUUUGACAACCUUCAAAGCGUUUCUUGAGAGGGAACGCUCCUGGGUCGAGAGCACUUUCAAAUAA